GAAAGGCACAAUGACCACAUUAUUUCCCUUCCAGCUUCACGUUACAACAUGGAAGCCGUUGCCAAGUUUGAUUUCAUGGCCUCAGGAGAGGAUGAACUGAGCUUUCACGCUGGAGAUGUUCUGAAGAUCUUAAGUAACCAAGAGGAGUGGUUCAAGGCAGAGCUUAAGAGCCAAGAAGGAUACGUGCCCAAGAAUUUUAUAGACAUCAAGUUUCCUGAAUGGUUUCACGAAGGCCUCUCACGACACCAGGCAGAGAGCUUGCUGAUGGGCAAGGAGGUUGGUUGCUUCAUCAUCCGGGCCAGCCAGAGCUCCCCAGGGGACUUCUCCAUAUCUGUCAGGCAUGAGGGAGAUGUUCAGCACUUCAAAGUCAUGAAAGACAACAAGGGUAAUUACUUCCUGUGGACAGAGAAGUUUCCAUCCCUCAACAAGCUGGUGGACUACUACAGGACAACUUCCAUCUCCAAACAGAAGCAGAUCUUUCUGAGGGAUAGGACCCAGGAGGAACAGGGUCAGCGGGGCAACAGCCUGGACCGGAGGUCCCAGGGAGGCCUACCCCUGAGUGGGACUGUGGGAGAAGAAAUCCGGCCUUCGAUGAACCGGAAGCUGUCGGAUCACCCCCCGCCCCCUCCCUCGCAGUAUCCCCCCGCACCACUGCCACCACAGCAGCGGUACCUGCAGCAGCAGCAGCAUUUUCAUCAGGAACGCCGUGGAGGCAGCCUGGACAUAAACGACAGGCACUGUGGCAUGGGCAACAGCAGCGAAAUGAAUGCCGCCCUCAUGCAACGGAGACACACAGACCCCGUGCAACUCCAAGCAGCCGGGCGAGUGCGGUGGGCCCGGGCGCUGUACGACUUUGAGGCUCUCGAAGAUGAUGAGCUGGGAUUCCACUGCGGAGAGGUGGUUGAGGUCCUGGACAGCUCCAACCCAUCCUGGUGGACUGGCCGCCUGCACAACAAGCUGGGCCUCUUCCCUGCCAACUAUGUGGCACCCAUGAUCCGGUGAGGCCCUUCUGGAGGGGUCAGAAGCUUUUGUCUGAAGCUGCCUGCAAGUGAUGGAACAAGGAAGAAAAUCUGGAACUACACAUACAUAUAUGUGUGUGUGUAUAUAUACAUAUGCACACACGUAUAUAUGCCUAUGUAUCCACACAUUUAUAUUAGUAAUUUAUUGGCAAGUU